UAUGUAUAAAAGCAGCUCGAGCGGACAAGAAGUCAUACAGUUCACUAUCAACCACUAAAGAAGUCAAACCUUUAGUCCUCCCUAGCCCACUCUACCAGCUCAACCAAGCCUAGAAAUGCGUGGAUUCAUUGUCCUAUGCCUCUGCUCCGUGGCUCUAGCCGCACCCCAGGGCUACAACUACAACCCGGGCCCGUCCGGCUUCGGCGGCAUCAGCACCACCACCGGCGGAGGCUCCUUCUUCCAGGGCGCCGUCCAGGCGGCCCCCGUGCAGCCGCAGGCCGUCUACCAGCAGCCGGCCGCACAGACUCACCACCACCAGCAGCAGCAUGUGCAGCAGGUGCAGCAGCAGCAGCAGGCCAUCGUCUCCAAGCGCUUCUUCAUCCACUCCGCCCCGGAGGAGGCUGAGGAUUACAAGGAACGCCACAUCACCGUGGGCGUGCCCAAGCGCAACUACAACGUGGUGUUCAUCAAGUCGCCGCAGCGCAACAACAGGAAGACCAUCAAGAUCAGCCCCGCCGCCAACGAGGAGAAGACCGUCAUCUACGUGCUGAGCAAGAAGGGCGAGAGCGACUUGAACGCCGAGGUAGUGGAGCAGGCCAGCUCCACCAGCAAGCCGGAGGUCUUCUUCAUCAAGUACAAGACCAACGAAGAGGCCGCCCACGCCCAGCAGCAGAUCCAAGCCCAGUACGACGCUCUGGGCGGCAGUAGCCAGCUGACCGACGAGGGAGUGGCCCCCGUCACCUCCGUGAUUGGAGCGCUGGGCGGCAGUGACGGUCACAUCGACGCCGGAUCCGCUGUGGGCGCCACAGGAGCCGGUCAGAUCGUCUCCACCGGCGCUGUCGGAUCGCACACGGGCAAUGCAUACCUGCCACCCAAUUUCUAACUUUUGAGCUUGGUUCCCAAGACGAAGCAUUGAGUCCUCUGUUACAAGUGUUGUUAUUAAUAAAUUACGUUGAUGUUGAAUUUAAA